AUGAUGUACGGCUACGCGGCGCCGCCGCCACCACCGCCGGGCGACGACCGUCUCGAUUCAAAGACGGCAACAAAAAGAUCUGAAACGUUGCAGAACGGUGGCGCAGACGGGGCGACUCCGCUCGACGACGACGACGAUGAGGAGGAGGAAGAGGAAGAGGAAGAGGAGGAUGGUGUGAACGGUGACAGCCGCAGCGCCACGGUCACCGAUGUGGGGACGGUGGCGGGCGGCGACGGCGGAGGUUCGUCGGCAGCGGCGCAGGGAACGCCGUUCGGCGAGGCGUUUCAGCCCCCGGAGGGCGACAGCGACGGGGACCACGAGGAGGAGAAGCAGCACCAACUCCCCAUGACACGCCUGCAGUCGCGAUCACCGCCGGCGUUGACAGUGCUGCGCUUCACGGACGCAAAUCGUCUCUUCUACUUGGUACGCGCGGCGAAUGGGCGGCGGUGGUACCUGCUCGACGAAUUGCCGCCGCGGGCCGGCAGACACUCAGCCGACACCGCGGCGUCGAAGGCGACAACGAAGCGGAAGAGCGGUGGGCGAACGGAUGACGAUGAUGACGACGGAGAAGAAGAAGAGGAGGAGGAGGAGGAGGAUGAAGAGGAAGCAGAGGAGGAAGAAGAAGAGGAGGAGGCGGAGGCAGUAAAGGAAGGUGGCGCAAAGGCUGGUGAGGAACAGCAGGAAGAGGAGGACGACGGCGUGCCGUCGGCGCAACAACUGGACAUGGACACGCUGAUCUGCAUCGACGCACUGAUGCUCGCCGCGCUGCAAAGCCCCACCGCGCUGCGCUGUUGUCUCUCGCAGCGCGAGCCCGUCUCCCUCGCAUGCAUGGAGGCGUGGCUGCGCAUCGACCUGCAGGUGGCGCUCCCCAUAUGCACCACGAUACACCGCAUGAUGCUUUCUGUCUACGCGACGGCAUCGACGCGGCUGCCGUACCCGCUGCCAGGUGCCGUGCUAGACUUCAACCUCUUUUUUACCCCCAUGUAUUUCAACCACGGUAUGCCGGUGUACCCACGGCUGCAUAUCAACGCCGCAGCGACGCUCGUGGGGGAAACGGGCAUCAUUGAGACGAUGGAAGCGUUACUGAAGGUGUGCGUGGUACCCUCACGGCGUAUUCUCACGCGGCACCUGAGCUCUGUAGUGGGGAUACGGCUGCUGCUCUGGCUGCUCAUGAAUUUACCGAAGCCCCUCCUGGUCGCCUGGGCAUCCGCACCGACUGCAGGUGAAGAUGACGCCGACAGAAACAACAACGAUAAUGACGACCGCGCCGGCUUCGAUGAUGACAAUGGUGACGACUAUGAUGAUAGUGAUGAGGAAACCGAAUCACUGAGAAGGGUGGCCAACUACGGUGCCGCUGCAGCGGACGCAUUUCUCCAGCGCGCGCUGCAGAAAGAGGGCUCACGUUUCGUGCUGUCCCCAUUCCUGCAUGCCGUCGUGACGGAGUUGCGUCGACGACAGAUGCGCGAACUGGAGGGCGAAGCGCCCUCGCAGUUCACACUGAUGGAGUGUGUUGGCCACGCGCUGCUGCAGCGCGUGGAGGACGGGAAGCCGCGGCGUGACCCCCUCGUGACGUCCGCCUUUUCGCUCCUUCCAGUGGAGGACAGUGGCACCGCUGAUGCGUCCACCACCCUGCUGCGGUCGCAGCGGCUGUACCAGAGUGACCUUGUCAUGUUGCUGCUUGUGCUGACCACGACGCCGGCACGGCGUGGCAUCAUCUUGCCUGAGACGGAGAGCCGCAGGUCGGUUGUGGUGCGCUCACGCAUACCGCAGUUGUUCGGUCUCCCCGAUGCCCACCACGAGCUCUUCCAGUACCUGCUGCGUAAGAAGACGGAGAAGGUCCACACGCCAGUGGAGCUGACACAGUCGGGGUAUUUCCGCCUGCUCUACAUGUGUCUCCUGCGCUUCAAGAGCCUUUGUAUGGUGCAGCUGCUGCUUUCCAUGACGCCGCUGUUUGCGGUGUUGGGCCCGCAGGAACGCUGCCCCUUCGGCGACCUCCUGCAGGCAUGGGUGCUCGACCGCACACAAGAAAACGUGCAGCAUCUCGAGCUCUUCCUCGACACCUUCUGGAACGAGCUGUACUACCGCUGUCGGGAGAAUCAAUUUGACGAGGAGACGCUAGCGCGUGCCCGCACGAUGGUUCUGUUGGAAAGGAUACAGGAGCGCCGCAAGGCGUACAGCAAUGUGCUGCAGAGCACGAGCUCACCUGCACGCACACCCUUACGUCCCCGGUUGCAGAAGUUCCCCUCGCAGACAUCCCUCCAUGAGAGCACCACAUCCUCUUCUUCGCAGUCACAUCGGCAGCAGCGGUCCAAACGCCAUGCCAAAAGCAUUGUAAGCGGCAUCGGUGUUGGAAACUUCAGCAUAUGUGAGUGCAGUGAGGAGUGCCACAUGGCAGAGGAUUCUGUGCGUGUGGCAUUCGAGGCGCUGUCGAUGGUGCCGCGGACGUACUUGACACCCGAGACACUUCACACUCUGCUUUUUGAGAAGCACUCCUGUAACGUGUACGCGGUGCGCUAUCUGAUGAUUCGCUGUCGUGUCGUGACGGUGCAGGCGAACCCGCUGAAGGACGCGGAGGUUCCAGUGAUGGAGUACGCGCUGCGUAGAGGUGGCACGCAGGCUAUUAGCGUGUUGCUCGCUAUUGGUGAAACGCUGCGCGACCACAUCAACGCCGGCACCGUGGCGGAGGAUAUGCUGCUCUGUGAAACCCUCACGUUGCGCGACUCUACCGCGCUGCUACAGAAGUGGCGCUGCAAAGAGGCACUUCGGCGCGUGGACCCAUCAGUGCACUACGGUAUUGUCCGCACCGUACCGAGCGCGUCCUGA